CGGUAAUGACAGUUAUCUUAUAAAUAAAUUACACAUUAAUGUAAAGGUAAACAAUAAAAACAAAAACAUUAUAGUUAAAACGUAAUUGUAAUUAGAACUCAUAAAUUUCUAAAUCUCAUAUAAAAGGCAUGUGCAUCAAAUGAAAUAGGAGUAUAGGAGAAGUAUUCUAAGAUGAAGAUUCAUCAAAUUAUAAUUCUAAUGGCUGCAUUAUAUGCAGUAGCAUUUGGAUCACCUAAACCGACAAUAUCGAAGAAGGAUCUUCUGGGAGCUUUAGGUGGUCUCGGAGGUGGUGGUCUCGGAGGUGGCGGGCUCGGAGGUGGCGGACUCGGAGGCGGUGGUCUCGGAGGUCUUGGAAGUGGUCUUGGGGGUGGAAAAUUGGGAGGUCUUGAAGGCGGAUUGGGAGGUGGACCUGGAGGUGGUGGUAGUGGAGGAGUAGUCGCAGGAUUAUUGGUAGCCAAGGGUAUAAAGAAGUUAUAAUGUUUCUUACCAAAUAAAUAAGGCAGAGAUAAAAUAAAUGUUUAAUAUAAUAUAAUUUUAUAAUGAUAUAAUAUUAUAUAAUGAAGUAUUUUUCGCGCACUUAUUGUCACAUAAAGAUAAUUAUUUCAAAUAGAUAAAUCAUAACCGUA